GUGGCGGAGCCCAUUUGGGCGGCGGCAGCGGCAGCAGCAACAGCAGCGACGGCUCGGCUCGGGAGGCGCUCUUCGGGCCAAGGCCAUGGCCCCGCGGCUGCAGCUGGAGAAGGCGGCCUGGCGCUGGGCGGAGACGGUGCGGCCCGAGGAGGUGUCGCAGGAGCACAUCGAGACCGCGUACCGCAUCUGGCUGGAGCCUUGCAUCCGCGGCGUGUGCAGACGAAACUGCAAAGGAAAUCCGAAUUGCUUGGUUGGGAUUGGUGAGCAUAUUUGGUUAGGAGAAAUAGAUGAAAAUAGUUUCCAUAACAUUGAUGAUCCCAACUGUGAGAGGAGAAAAAAGAACUCAUUUGUGGGCCUCACUAACCUUGGAGCUACUUGUUAUGUCAACACGUUUCUUCAAGUGUGGUUUCUCAACUUGGAGCUUCGGCAGGCACUAUACUUAUGUCCAAGUACCUGUAGCGACUAUGUGAUGGGAGAUAGUAUCCAAGAGGAGAAAGAUUAUGAACCUCAGACAAUUUGUGAGCAUCUCCAGUACUUGUUUGCCUUGUUGCAAAACAGUAACAGGCGAUACAUCGAUCCAUCGGGAUUUGUUAAAGCCUUGGGCUUGGACACAGGACAACAGCAGGAUGCCCAAGAAUUUUCAAAGCUAUUUAUGUCUCUUUUGGAAGAUACUUUGUCUAAACAAAAGAAUCCAGAUGUGCGGAACAUUGUCCAGCAGCAAUUCUGUGGAGAAUAUGCUUAUGUAACUGUUUGCAACCAGUGUGGCAGAGAGUCUAAGCUUUUAUCAAAGUUUUAUGAACUGGAGUUAAAUAUCCAAGGCCAUAAACAGUUAACAGAUUGUAUCUCGGAAUUUUUGAAGGAAGAAAAAUUAGAAGGAGACAAUCGAUACUUCUGUGAAAACUGUCAAAGUAAACAGAAUGCAACAAGGAAGAUCAGACUCCUCAGCCUUCCCUGCACCCUGAACUUACAGCUGAUGCGCUUUGUCUUUGACAGGCAAACUGGACAUAAGAAAAAGCUGAAUACCUACAUUGGCUUCUCAGAAAUUUUGGAUAUGGAGCCUUAUGUGGAACAUAAAGGUGGGUCCUAUGUGUAUGAACUGAGUGCAGUCCUUAUACACAGAGGAGUGAGUGCUUAUUCUGGCCACUACAUUGCCCAUGUGAAAGAUCCACAGUCCGGUGAAUGGUAUAAGUUUAAUGACGAAGACAUAGAAAAGAUGGAGGGGAAGAAAUUACAACUAGGGAUUGAGGAAGAUCUAGCAGAACCUUCUAAGUCCCAGACACGUAAACCCAAGUGUGGCAAAGGAACUCACUGCUCUCGAAAUGCAUACAUGUUGGUGUAUAGACUACAAACUCAAGAAAAACCCAACACAAUUGUUCAGGUACCAGCCUUUCUUCAAGAGCUGGUAGAUCGGGAUAAUUCCAAGUUUGAGGAGUGGUGUAUUGAAAUGGCCGAGAUGCGUAAGCAAAGUGUGGAUAAAGGAAAAGCAAAACACGAAGAGGUUAAGGAGCUGUACCAAAGGUUACCUGCUGGAGCUGAGCCCUAUGAAUUUGUCUCUCUCGAGUGGCUACAGAAAUGGUUGGAUGAAUCAACACCCACCAAGCCUAUCGAUAAUCACGCUUGCCUGUGUUCCCAUGACAAGCUUCAUCCUGAUAAGAUAUCAAUUAUGAAGAGAAUAUCUGAAUAUGCGGCUGACAUUUUCUAUAGUAGAUAUGGAGGAGGACCAAGACUAACUGUGAAAGCCCUAUGUAAGGAGUGUGUGGUAGAACGUUGUCGUGUGUUACGUCUGAAGAAUCAACUAAAUGAAGACUAUAAAACUGUCAAUAAUCUGCUAAAAGCAACAGUAAAGGGCAAUGACGGGUUUUGGGUAGGGAAAUCUUCCUUGCGUAGCUGGCGCCAGCUGGCUCUCGAGCAAUUAGACGAACAAGAUGGGGACGUCGACCAAAGCAACGGGAAGAUGAACGGCAACACCUUAAAUAAAGAGGAAUCAAAAGAAGAAAGGAAAGAAGAGGAGGAGGAAUUAAAUUUUAAUGAAGACAUUCUGUGCCCACAUGGGGAGUUAUGCAUAUCUGAAAACGAAAGACGACUUGUUUCUAAAGACGCUUGGAACAAACUGCAACAGUACUUUCCAAAGGCUCCUGAGUUUCCAAGUUACAGAGAAUGCUGCUCACAGUGCAAGAUUUUAGAAAGAGAAGGGGAAGAAAAUGAAGCCUUACAUAAGAUGAUUGCAAACGAGCAAAAGACUUCUCUUCCGAAUUUGUUCCAGGACAAGAACAGACCAUGUCUCAGUAACUGGCCAGAGGAUACAGAUGUCCUGUACAUUGUGUCACAGUUCUUUGUAGAAGAAUGGCGGAAAUUUGUCAGAAAACCCACAAGAUGUAGUCCCGUGUCAUCGGUUGGAAACAGUGCUCUUCUGUGCCCCCAUGGGGGACUCAUGUUUACAUUUGCUUCCAUGACCAAAGAAGAUUCUAAACUUAUAGCUCUCAUAUGGCCCGGCGAGUGGCAAAUGAUUCAAAAGCUCUUUGUCGUGGAUCAUGUAAUUAAAAUCACAAGAACUGAAGUGGGAGAUGUAAACCCUUCAGAAACACAGUAUAUUUCUGAGCCAAAACUCUGUCCAGAAUGCAGAGAGGGCUUAUUAUGUCAACAGCAGAGGGACCUACGUGAAUACACUCAAGCCACCAUCUAUGUCCAUAAAGUUGUGGAUAAUAAAAAGGUGAUGAAGGAUUCAGUUCCGGAGCUGAAUGUGAGUAGUUCUGAAACAGAGGAGGAUAAGGAAGAAGCUAAACCAGAUGGAGAAAAAGAUCCUGAUUUUAAUCAAAGCAAUGGAGGGACGAAGCGGCAAAAGAUAACCCAUCAGAAUUACAUAGCCUAUCAAAAGCAAGUCAUUCGGCGCAGUAUGCGACAUAGAAAAGUCCGUGGUGAGAAAGCACUUCUUGUUUCUGCUAAUCAGACACUAAAAGAAUUGAAAAUUCAGAUCAUGCACGCGUUUUCAGUUGCUCCUUUUGACCAGAAUCUGUCAAUUGAUGGAAAGAUUUUAAGUGAUGACUGUGCCACCCUCGGCACCCUUGGCGUCAUUCCCGAAUCUGUGAUUUUGUUAAAGGCCGAUGAACCGAUUGCAGAUUAUGCUGCAAUGGAUGAUGUCAUGCAAGUGUGUAUGCCAGAAGAAGGGUUUAAAGUCCCACCUUGGAGCAAAACAUUUCGUGUGUAACUGAUGAGAAUUAGAGGGAAGGAAUUUGCUGAAUUAUAUCCAGUUCAGUGAAAAGGUUUCAUUCAUCCAUUUAGAAUUCAGGCCUUUCUUGGAUUACGACUUUGGAUGGAGACACAGCGGUGUCUUGUCACAUCAUGGCCGCUAUUAGUUGUGUAUACCGAUAGUAUUCAUUAAUUCAUCAAAUACAGAUCUUUGAUAUUUACAGAUUGAGCCUUUGCCCUUCUGAUUCCUUUUGGCCUACUCCAGAGGUCCGUGGCAGCUUGUGAUUUUUUUUGCCUCGGAGUGAGUUUAAUCAAACACCAGGGGUCCUUUGCUGAAAUAAGUGAGCAAAGCCACUGGCCUUAGUAAAGCCUUUCUGUCAAUGCAGCUUUGUUGUCUACACGUUACUACACAAAGAAGUGGUCAAAACAAAACAAAGCAAAAAAUGUCUUUAUGAGAAAUGGCCAUCAAAUGAAAGCAUCAAUAAAAUGUGAUUAACUUGUGCGAAGAUACCGCGUAGGAAACACAUGGCUUUCAACUGAAACGUGGUUUAGCGGAAAGCCUGGAGUCUGCUGCUCUGUUCUUACCCUUCACCAUCCAGGGGCUGCUGUGCUCACUCAUUAAAUUGGAUAUUCCCUGGUGAUGAUGCAUUCUUGGCAAAUGGAAUACCUGAACUCUUCGUUUUCAGUUCACAGCUCUACCUCCACAUGUGUUUCUUUUCCCAGGUACUGGUCUACUUGGACAUUAAUCUUUUGAACACUUGCUGACUUCUGAGAAAUGACCAGAAGGGAAGAGAGACGUUUGACAUAUGUUAGGGCAUUAACGAAAAGAUGGAUUUAAGAAUUAAACCAUUCUGUGACUCUUCCAAAAGGCAGAAAACUAUUCUGAAGUGACUGUCCCAAAUGCCUUAUGUCAAAUAAAGCAGAUUGCACUGACGGACAUCAGACUUGAAGGAAAUGUUUCAAAUUUUAUAUUUAAGAGAGGGUGGCGGGCGGGCGGGGCAAGUAAAGACGGAACUGGUUUAGUAGCAGUAACAGUAAAUCAUGUUUACAUAUGAGAUUUAUAGUCACGGGAGGGAAUAAAGUUCUGUUAUAUUUCCCUGCUCGCACUUCAUACCAGAUGCAUUGGUCCAUAAAGGAUUUGUAUCACAGUAGAUGGGACAACAUUCUGCUCUGAACUAAAAAGUAAUUCUUUAGAGACAUAACCUGCUUACCAAUACCUGUCUUUGAUUCAUAUUUUACUUUGAAUAAAGCAUGAAAGUGAAGAAACUUG